CCCCCUCUGUCUAUUUUCCCUGUCUAUUUUCCUCCUCCGUCUAUUUCCCCCCUGUCUAAUUUUCCCUGACUAUUGUCUAUUUUCCUCUUCUGCCUAUUUUCUGCCUAUUAUCUGUCUAUUUUCUGCACAUUUUCUGUCUAUUUUCUGCCUAUUUUCUUCGCUGCUAAUUUUUGUGCCUCGAGUCGCGCUCCUCCAUCUAUUCAGAUCCCACGAAAAACGGCUCCCGGCCCCAUACUGAGAAUGGAAUACAACCCGGUGCCUUUCUACCACACGUAUAUUUUGUACGACCCCAAUGACCUCGUGUCGACUGCGUGUGUGCAGUUCUCUCUUUUCCCCAUCUACGUGAUGGUGUUCUACACGUCGUGGUUUUUGGUCACCCGGGAAAUCCAGCCUGUAAUCACCGUAGGAGGCCAUCUCGUGGGCGAGGUUUUGAAUGUCAUCAUCAAGCGUGCCGUGCAACAGCCGCGGCCCGAUUUUCACCGCCAUUUUGGCGAAGGCUCCCUGGUGUUGGGCCAUGGCAUGCCCUCGGCACAUUCUCAGUUCAUGGGUUUCUUCGCCGCAUACUACAUGUGCGUGGUGAUAUUGCAGAUUCCAGUAACAAAGGUGCACAAGGCCGGGACCGGAAUGUUUUUGGUAGUCUCGGGCGUUUGCGUGGCAUUCUCUCGUGUGUACCUACAGUAUCAUACAACGCCACAAGUGGUGGUGGGGUUGGCAGUGGGCGUGGUGUGGGGCCUAUUUUACUUCGUGGUCCUGCUGCUGGCACGUGACGUGGGCCUUGUGGACUGGGUGCUUCUGUGGCGGGUGGUGGCGUUUUUCAGUGUCAAGGACUCGUACUACCAUUGUUACCGGCUGUUUGAAGAAGAGGCACGGCAGGUGGACGAGUGCAGAGUCGCCAAAAAGCGAGGUCUGGUUUGCAAACCCCAUCAGGAGUAGGGAGGGUUGGAAAAUGAGACAAGAGAGGAAUGGGGUGGAGAGUUAAAACCGUUGUGGUGUGCGGAGUGAGGCAGAUGGGUGGGGCAGAUGGGUGUUUUCGCAAAUGGGUGUUAUU